AUGUUUUUGAAUGUUUCUAAACAUGUUUAUGUUUUUGAAUGUUUCUCUAAACGUUAUGAAUGUUUCUCAAAUCAAGUCCCUGAACAGUGCAAUAAUCGUAGAGAAGACGGGUGUGGAGGGUUCGGUUCAUGUCUUUAUUGCGAUGCCUGUCAAACACUCGAAACAAACAAAGAACUUAAAGCACAACUUUUACUAGAUGGAAAGCCUUUAAGUUGUGGGGAAGGAGUUAAACCUGGGAUAUAUGAAAAUAUGGAAUUAGCUUUCUGUCUCCCAAAUGCUGAUGAAAUGUUGAAAAGUCAGGGAUUGACUAAAGAAACAUUUAAGAGUUUAAUACAAUCUGAGGAUGGAGGAAACAAUGUUCAUUCACUUGGUGUUUUUGCUACAAUUUAUGUUUUUGAUAGGUAA